ACCUCUUUAAUUUUGGUGGCGCCACUCGACAUUGGAAGCCAUUCCUUGCAGACACUCCUCCAACCUUUUUUAUUUUUAUUUUUAAUUCCUCCGAAACUGCGACGGAAUCAAACAAUGAAUACGAUCAGAGUAACCCUAACCCUACUCGUAAUCGUUGGGAUUUUAUUCUCUACUUCUCAAUCGCUCCGCUUCGAUAUACAAUCGGGUCAUACCAGAUGCAUCGCCGAAGACAUCAAAAGCAACUCCAUGACCGUUGGCAAGUACCACAUCGUCAACCCUAACGAAGGCCAUCCUUUGCCCGAUUCACACAAGCUCACCGUCAGGGUGACUUCGUCUUAUGGGAAUAGUUAUCACUACGGGGACCAUGUUGAUUCGGGUAACUUUGCGUUUACGGCGGCUGAGGAUGGAGAUUAUAUGGCUUGCUUUUGGGCCGUUGAUCAUAACCCACAAAUAACCUUGACCGUUGAUUUUGAUUGGAGGACGGGUGUGCACGCAAAGGACUGGUCUAAUGUUGCUAAGAAAGGCACAGUUGAUGUCAUGGAAUUAGAACUCAAGAAGUUGUUUGAUACUGUUGAUUCAAUUCAUCAAGAGAUGUUUUAUCUUCGGGAAAGAGAAUCAGAAAUGCAGCAGUUGAAUGAAGCUACGAACUCAAGAAUGGCGUGGUUGAGUGGGCUUUCACUUCUUAUUUGUAUAACAGUUGCAGGCUUGCAACUAUGGCACCUGAAGACCUUCUUUGAGAAAAAGAAGCUUAUUUAAGUUCAUAUCGGACAAGUUGAACAACUUUAUAUUCAAUGCUCUUGUAAAUUAUCUUAGAAAAAUGUACUUUUCCAGAGAAACAAAUAAUUAUGAUAUCAUAUUGUUAGAUUGAUUGGGGGUUUCAGUGACCUGAAGGUA